UAACCAUUUCCCCCCCUGAAACCUCCGUUGUCGACAAAAGAAAAAGAAAAACCGAUUUGGGCUUCAACUCGCGAGCAAACAGCUACAAGAGAUCUAUCUACCCGCUGCGCAAGAAGAAGAAAAACAAGUGAGAAGCCGGAAACCGAAGAAAGGAACAGCUCCAGCGCAGCGCUACACUUCGGAAAAGGUUUUUCGGUGGUCGCGGAUCGCGACCGGGACGGUUUUCCCGGCGAUUCUCAUGAUUCAAACUGCCGCAGCUGCUCUCUCGACGCGAAAUUCCCUGCAAUCGGAUCGCAGUUACACAACCGUUUCGUGUCGUUCACCUUCGCUUUAGGAAAAUAUCCGAUCUGGUGGUUUUGAGCAUAAUUUAGGGGAUUGGAUCGAAGGAAACAGCGAGUUCAUUUCCCCCCUCUCCGCAAAUGGCCGGAGCAGUUUCGGCUCUUUUCCUCCUCGACAUAAAGGGCCGGGUCCUGGUGUGGCGCGACUACCGUGGAGAUGUCACCGCAAUCCAGGCCGAGCGCUUCUUCACCAAGCUGAUCGAGAAAGAGGGAGAUCCUCAGUCGCAAGAUCCUGUUGUGUAUGAUAAUGGAGUCACUUACAUGUUUAUUCAGCACAGCAACGUUUACCUUAUGACGGCUGCGCGGCAGAACUGCAAUGCCGCCAGCCUUCUCACAUUUCUGCACCGUGUAGUUGAUGUUUUUAAGCAUUAUUUUGAAGAAUUAGAAGAGGAGUCACUGAGAGAUAACUUUGUUGUAGUGUACGAGUUGUUAGAUGAAAUGAUGGACUUUGGAUAUCCUCAGUAUACCGAGGCUAAAAUUCUGAGCGAGUUCAUCAAGACAGAUGCCUACAGGAUGGAAACUACACAAAGGCCUCCGAUGGCUGUGACAAAUGCUGUGUCCUGGCGCAGUGAGGGGAUCGCAUACAAGAAAAAUGAGGUUUUCUUGGAUGUCGUGGAGAGUGUUAACAUACUUGUUAAUAGUAAUGGACAAGUAAUAAGAUCAGAUGUUGUUGGAGCAUUGAAGAUGAGAACUUAUUUGAGUGGUAUGCCUGAGUGUAAGCUUGGCCUAAAUGAUAGAGUAUUGUUGGAGGCUCAAGGUCGAACAACAAAGGGAAAGGCCAUUGAUUUGGAGGAUAUCAAAUUUCAUCAGUGUGUGCGUUUGGCUCGAUUUGAGAAUGAUAGAACUAUAUCCUUCAUACCUCCUGAUGGAUCUUUUGAUCUGAUGACAUACCGACUCAGUACUCAGGUCAAGCCUUUGGUUUGGGUGGAAGCUCAAGUUGAAAAGCAUUCUAGAAGUCGGGUUGAGAUCGUGGUAAAGGCUAGAAGUCAGUUCAAAGAGCGAAGCACAGCAACAAAUGUGGAAAUUGAGUUGCCUGUUCCAGCUGAUGCUUCCAAUCCUAACAUCAGAACGUCAAUGGGAUCAGCAUCAUAUGCUCCUGAACGCGAUGCUCUAAUGUGGAAAAUAAAAUCUUUUCCUGGCGGAAAGGAGUAUAUGUUGAGGGCAGAAUUCAAUCUUCCCAGCAUAACCGCUGAAGAAGCAACUCCGGAGAGAAAAGCUCCUAUACGUGUGAAGUUCGAGAUACCAUAUUUUACUGUUUCAGGAAUCCAGGUUCGGUACCUGAAGAUCAUUGAGAAGAGUGGUUACCAAGCUCUUCCAUGGGUGAGAUACAUAACAAUGGCGGGUGAGUAUGAACUCCGGCUUAUCUGAAAGCUGUGUUAUAUCGCGAUUCAAGUCCCUACAAAAGGCUGAAGAAAACUCGGGGAUUCCGUAUAAAGAAAGAAAUCACCUGGAUGAUGAAGGGCGAACCUAUAUGUUUGCUAGCUGCUGGGCCAUUGUUAAUUGGUUUGCAAGAAAUAUGUGGCUGCUUAAAAUAGCCAUCUCACCCCACUUGUGAAAUCAUGUGUUAAUUCUUGUUAAUUUUCCGGCUUUUCAAGCUCUUCCUAUGUUUUUCUGGUCACCAAAUCACGAUGAGCCGACCCACCAGCGGAACAUUUGUGUAAUUUUGUGCUUGCUGUAGAUUUGGCAAUUGGCAUAUGGAUAUUUUUGUGCUUCAGAGUGAAGCUUCUGUGCUCACUCUUGGCUCCCUUUUUUUAUGCUUCAAAUCUGAUGCUAGAGACUAGAGUACAAGGCGAGAGAGAUCAGAAGAGGGGUUGAGACCGAGCCACCACAAUUCUGGUUAAUGUGAUUCCCACAUAAUCUCCAACCAUACUAAUUCUAAUUAGCCCCUUGCGGUUGG